UUGCCGUCAGAGCUUUUGAAGUAUUUUUAUUAUCUCAAAUAACUAUAAUCGUAACAAUAAUUAGGACAGCAUUUAACAAUUUUUAACCUGUUAAACGCUUAAUGUUCUCUAAUUAAGUGGGAAUAUAAACGGCCAUAACCACUUUCAAAAUACACGCAGAUAAUUAUUUAAAUUAAGUAUGAUGUAAAUAGUUGAAAUCCUUGAACAACUGUUAAGCGGAAUACAAAUAAUUGCAUCACUUCGAGGUUGUUAUAGUGCCAUUGUGAAUUUUUAUGAUUAGCAAGUUAUAGAUCGCGUGUCAUAAAACAUUCAUUCCGAUUUGAGUUUUUUCGAUGGUUAUUAUCUUACAGUUAGAUAGAUAGACCUAAAGUUAAAUACAUGAUUAUUACGUAUCAGUUUGAAUCUGCAGGCCAAAGAGAACAUUAAUGAUGUUUAUGUUGAAUUCAUUCCAAAUGAUUCUAAGUUCAAUUAUUACUUGUCUUGUGUUUAUGUAUAUAUUAGUGAGAAAAUGCAGAAACAGAACAAAUCAACUGAAAAAUGAUUCGACAUUGAUUACACAUGGACUUCGAUCACACACUGAAAAACUUCCUCUUUAUCUGAUGAAAAUAAAGACAACGGCCAGGAGUCAAAAAUGAAUCUUCCGUCUAUGUCCUUUUUACCAAUUUUGUGGAACAUUGUAUUUUUUCAACGAGACAAGCAAUACCACAAUUCACACAUCGGCAUAUUUACUUUAAAUUUAUUGACUGGACUCUCUAUGCUAUUUCCAAACGAGAAAGUUGUCUGUACAAACAUAUUUGGAUAUAAAUUUAUUUUUUUCUUACAUCCAGAAUCUGCAAAGGAAGUGUUAAGAAGCAACAGUUUAAUCAAUAAGAAUUCUACAUAUAAUUUCUUUAAGCCACUUCUCGGAAACAACAGUCUUCUGUACAGUUCUGACGAUAAUUGGAGAAUUAGAAGAAAAUAUUUAGCUCCACAUUUUCAUCUUCGGUAUGUGAAAGAAUAUCAGAAUGUAUUUAUGGAGCAUUCAAACGUCUUAGUAGAAAAACUCAAACAAUUGCAGACGAAUGAAAUAUUCGAUAUUUUGGAAAGGAUGAAAUAUUGCACUCUGGAUAUAAUUGCAGACAUAGCAGUAGGAGUUUCUCUACAUUUUCAGACUACGAACGAUCAAGAGUAUAUAUCCGCAAUACACAGAAUUCUGAAAAUUUUUCCUGAAUGGAUAGCAAAUCCAAUGUACUGGUUUUUCCCGAUUUUCUUCAUGAGUAAAAUAGGAAAAAAUUACAAGACAGACGUUGAAAUAAUUCAUCGUUUCGACGAAAAAGUGUUCAAGAGAAAAAAAGAAAAUUUUGUGAAAAAAAUGCAGCAGCAACGUUCCUUAGACAAAGAUGCACCACAUGAAGAAACCAAAGAUGAAAACAAACCAGCGUAUUAUCGAUUCACUGCUGGAUCUUCAUGUCAAACAAGGUUUAAUAUCGAAAGAAGACGUUAUCAGAGAUAUGGAAGGCGCUAUUUAUGCGGGUCACGACUCAACUGCCCACGCGAUGUCAUGGACUCUUUAUUUCCUGGGAAGAUUCCACGAAAUACAAGAGAAUGUGUAUCUAGAAUUGAAAGAAAUUUUCAAAAAUGAUAUGAAUAGAGAUAUUACUAUCGAUGACCUGACGAAAAUGACGUACUUGGAAUGCGUAAUUAAGGAGUCGAUGAGAAUCUAUCCUCCUUCUCCUUUUAUUGCAAGAAAAAAUCGUUCGGAAAUGAGAAUAG